CAGGAUCAGUUGACCACACCCACCGCCCGCGCGCGCGCCCGAGCGCACAGGUGAGCUGUACUGAGUUCAGGUAAGAGUUUCAGGGCAUGCAGACAGACAGGAGUUAUGGCGGAGUCUCAGCUCGUGUGUAUGGAGGACGGGCUCAUGCCCGCCGAGGUGCCCGAAUCCAACCCGCAGUUCUACUACAAAGAGGCGCAUCGGGCGGCGCUCGAGGAGCUGCUGAGACACGGCGACGGAGCCUUUAAAACCCUCCUGAAGAAAGAGAAUAGCACAGACUUCCUGUCAGCGCGAGAACUCAAGAACAUCACUAACACCUUCGUCAAAUGCGAUGUCGUGGAUGAAGAAGAGAAGGCGCAGAAUGAAACGGUGAAAAAGGAGAAUGAAGGCAAACAGCGGGACUCGGAGUCUCUGCGCUCCACCUACUGGCCGCAGAUGUCUGACACGGAGGUGCCCGCGCUGGACCUCGGGUGGCCCUCAUCCGGGCUCUUUAAAGGCGUGACCCAGGUCACCGUACACACACACCCGCCGAAAGGGAACGGGCCGCACAUCAAAGAGGUCGUCCGGAAAUUAAUCCAGAAAUCCUAUAAGGUUGUCGCCAUAGUGAUGGACCUCCUGACUGACAUACAGAUUCUACAGGACCUGUUUGAGGCAUCCAAACGCGGUGUACCCGUCUACAUUGUGCUGGAUGUGCAGGGAGCUCCACACUUCAUUGACAUGUGUAACCGAAUGAAAGUUGGUGGCAGAGAACUAAAGAAUGUCAGAACUCGGACCUUGACGGGUAUUGGUCUGAAUCUGUCGUUCGGUAAAAUCCCAGGAAACGUUCACAGCAAGUACAUGCUGAUCGAUGGAGAUAAAGUCAUGUUUGGGACGUACAGUUUCUCCUGGAGUUGUUCUCGUAUGGAUAGAAACAUGAUCACUGUGAUGUCUGGACAGGUGGUGGAUUUCUACGAUAAUGAUUUCUGUGAACUUUAUGCCAUCUCAAACAAACUGGACCUCUUUAAAGAGUUUCACCUGGCCAAACCUCAAACAGGGACGCUGUCACGAGCCUCUGUGGCCAAACGCCCCGUUACUGCCUACUCUCGCUUCCAGGUCAACCUCGGGGACACUGCGCGCGGAGACGUACCGGCACACAAAUACCACAACCCCAAAUACCUGCUGUCGCUCGGACAGAUCCCUGGAUCCAGCACACCGCUUAUCGACUUCAUCAAUAACUUGGAGCUGCCUGAACCGGGUCAACAUGGCCCCGAAGAACAAUUGGAAAUCCCAACACAUGUUCCUGAAGCAGACGAGCCCGAACAACCCAAACAGACCAAUAAGAAGAAGCGCUGGUGGCCAACUUUCAAAAAGAAGCAAAAGAUGAAAAAUGAAAGUGUUAGUGAAGAACCCAGUCCAACAGACACAGAUGACACAAGCAAACCCACACACGCCACAGAAGACACAACCAAACACACAGAAGACACAACCAAACACACAGAAGACACAGAUGAACACACAGAUGCAAACUCAAAGCCAAACAGUAAAAAACGUUUCAACUUAUUUAAAAAAGCGAAAUAAGAUUGUGUCGAAGGACAUUUGUUCAUUUACAUCCGGUGUGGAGAUGUCUGUCACAGACUGAAGAGAUGGACGCUCAAACCUCACAGUUCAGACCUCAUAAUAAAUCUGUAAAAUCAUUUUAAGUUUUCUUUUAAUAAAAGAGCCCUGCUUCA